UAAAGCCGGUGCCUGUGGCAAGCUUUGGUAAAGAAGAAGCCUGGAAGCACGUGUAGACGCAGCGCGCUGCGCGUCGGCUGCAAUACGAUCAAAUAUGCUGCCCCGUGUACUGACUGCGGCGGGCUUUGCUUUGGCAGCUGCCCAGACCUACGUGACCGAUGAAAACAUCAGUGCCACAGUCACAGAGUGGCGCAACGACGCGGUCGCCGCCGAGGCGGCGCACGGCCACAUAUCGACCUGGGACACUUCUGACGUCACAAACAUGGAUAAUCUGUUCCUGGAAUGCACCUCCUUCGACGAGGACAUAAGCGCGUGGAAUACGGCGCAGGUGACAAGCAUGAACGGCAUGUUCAGGGGAGCAAUUUUUGACUCCUCUGUCGCGACCGGCGUCAUAAGCGAUGCCUUCGCAACGUGGUGGCGCUGAACGCGUUCGAGAGGGGCCGCUUCGCUGCCAUCGUGCCUCUAGCGACGCCGUCGCGCCGUCGCCGCGAGUCAUCGACGCAGACAUUUCUCUCCCGCUCAGGUCGAGGCGUGGGACGUCUCCAACGUCAGGGACAUGACGCGCAUGUUCUCCCGGAACGCGCGCUUUAACCAGCCGCUCAACGGCUGGACGACGACGUCACUCGAGAGCACGCGGGACAUGUUUGGCUACGCCGAGGCGUUCAACCAGCCGCUUGAUCAGUGGGAUACGUCCUCCCUGACCGCGAUCGACAACAUGUUCGAGUGCGUCAAAGGCUUCGACCAGGACCUGGGCUGGGCGCUCGGCAAGGAAUGCUCGGGGGCGGUCCGCGGCGGCGCGUGGGCCUUCCUCAACACGCGGUGCGAGGACUGGGACUGCGGUCUGAACGGCGCGACCCCCCCGCCGUCGUCCGUGCCCACUACUCUAUCGCCGUCCGCGUCGCCCAACCCCACGGCAAAGCCGACGUAUCCGGAAGCAUCGGGCGCGGCGGCGGCGACGCCCCUCCUCCUGCUCUUCCUCCUCGGAGCGGCCGCCCUUGCCUAGUACUAAGACCUCUUGUUUGCGCUCUCGAGACUCGGACUCCGCUGGCC